UUUCCUCUCCCAGGCUCAGCUCAACCAGACGCUUCACCCCAGCAUGGUGGAGGCGGAGCACGACCGCUCGCAGAGCAGCACCCCGGUGACGGAACUCUCCAACCGCAUCCUGGGCACCAGCUUCGAGGAGAAAGGGUCCGCAGCAGCGUUUGGAGGUAAAGCAGCAGCAGCAGCAGCAGCAGCUGCGGCAGGAGGAGGUGCGGGUCCCGAGGCCGUCCUGCUCAACGGGAACCGGUCCUCACACAAGCGGCGCUCGUCGGAGAGCGAGAAUCGGGACACAAAGAGACAAUACUCUCUGGAGCGGAGGGAAGAGUCGCCGGAGAGAGCGAGAGAGAGGGAGAGACAGAGGGACAGAGAAGGCCGGGGGGGCAGCAGCAGCAGCAGCUGUAGGUCCAAAACCCCCUCUGCUUCAUCAUGCCACUCCUCUUCCUCCACCUCCUCCUCUGCAGGGAAAGCAAACACUGUGGUGGGUGUGAGCAUGUUGGACUCCAGUGAAGGAAUCUCAGACGAAGGGGAGGCAGUGAGCCCUGAAACCAACCUCCGCUGCCUGGUCAACUUCUUCAGAACCAUGGGAUACCAGCAGGAAUUAGUGGAGCGUGUCGUCAAGGAGACGGGUCAAACAGAAGACACCUUCCUCGUUCUGGAGAAAAUCGUGGAGGAAACCAAACGUUGUGAAGAGGGGUCAAGAGGAGGGGGAAAAGAAAGACAAUUGAACUCUGUGCGCUCUCCUGACACCCCCUCCUCCUCCUCAUCAUCGUCCUCUGUGGCCUCUUGGUUCAGAGAGGAGGAACAGGAGCUGAGCCGAGCGCUGGUGGACCCCGGCAGGUCGAAGGAGAACAUCAGGCCCAAGCAGCACAGAGGCAGCAGCAACGGGCUGGGGCACCGGAGGCAGUGCAGCGGCAGCGAGACCAGCACUCAGCAGGCCGUCACUAUCAAGAGGAGCUCUAGUGCUCAGGGAGGAGCGAGAAACUACGACGUCAUCACCAUCGACGAUGACGACGACGUCAUCGUCGCCAAUACCAAUACGGCAGAGAGCAGGACGUCCCGGAUGAUGACGGUGCCUCACCUGGACACCCAGUCAGGAUCCAGACCAGACUACUUGGCGCGGGGAGGGGGGGCUGCCUCACAGAGGGACUACCUGUCGAGGGGGGGGACACAGACUUUGGGAGGAGCGGUGAAGGUGGAGACGGUGACGGCGCUGCGCAGCACGCCUCAGUGGCUCGCUGCCACCACCUCAUCUCUAGCCUCCACCCCCAGUUCAGCUCAGCCCAUUCCCCGCCCGUCGUCCUCCUCAGCCUAUCAGACGAUCGGCCACACGGGGUAUCACGAGUUCGGGACAAGGACCCCACCUGCCAACGACCCCCCUGCCCCCCCGGUGACGGGUCUUUCUCGCUUCAAUCAGUCGCUGAGGACCCCGUACACUCUGAAGCUGCCGAACGAGGCAGGGCGUCAGGAGUUGAGACACAUCAUCAUCGACGGUAGCAACGUGGCCAUGGCGUGAGUCUGCACACACACAUAUAGAAAUAAGAGAAGCUUUUAUUAUAAUAGAGUUGACUAUCAACCAGUUGCGAACCGUGACUAUCACAACUGGACCUUCUGUAGAAAUUAUCAAUCCAAACCUACGCUUUAUUCAGUGUAAGGGAUAUAGAAUACCUUGGUUGGAGGAUAUUCUUCCUAGAGACCCAGAAACAUAUCUGAUUGGUUGAAUUUUUUUUCUAACACAAAACCACUCAAACGCAUAGUGCAUGGACUGAGAAGGACAAACAAAUCAACUUAACACUGUAAGAUUACAGAUCAACAA